AUGGCAUUUGCUCAAUACAACUUCAGUGAAAACGACGUGGACUCCUGCAUGGAACCAAAUCAAUACAACAGCAAUCUAACAUCGAAACCAAUGCCACCUCAGUCCGAUAUAGAAAAGCAAUCAGCUGAGUCCGUAGACUGGCAAUCAACAAAGAAAAGCGUCUCAGAAAGAAACCGUCAUAUGUUCAACAAUUCAGACAUGAGUGAUAUCAGUUUUACUUGCGAAGGUUCAGGCAAGAAAUUGUACGCCCAUAAAUAUGUAUUGGGCACAAGUAGUGCCGUAUUUCGUGCGAUGUUUUAUGGCGACUUGGCAGAGAAGAAUUCAAUUGUUCAUCUCAGCGAUACAGAUGAGAAAAGUCUGGAGGAAUUCUUGAGAUUCCUCUACACAGAUGAAUGUAAUUUGACAACAGACAAUGCUAUAUCCGUCAUGUAUCUUUCUAAGAAAUACAUCGUGCCUUCACUAACGGAGAAGUGUGUGAAUAAUUUGGCAAGUAGUAUAAAUGCCGAGAACGUUAUGAGCAUUUUGGAACAAGCAACGCAUUUUGACGAGAGCAAAUUAGAGAUGAGUUGUUGGAAAUUUAUAGAAUCAAACACGAAGCAAGCUGUUGCGUCAACAGAUUUCAAUAACAUCAGCCAAAAGACACUGGCGAGUUUACUGAGACGUAACGACUUGAAUAUCGUUGAAGUCGAAUUAUUUCGAGCUGUGUUAAAAUGGAGCGACUUUCAGUGUUCGAAGAAAGAUAUGGAGAGCGACUUUCAGUGUUCGAAGAAAGAUAUGGAGAGCGACUUUCAGUGUUCGAAGAAAGAUAUGGAGAGCGACUUUCAGUGUUCGAAGAAAGAUAUGGAGAGCGACUUUCGGUGUUCGAAGAAAGAUAUGGAGAGCGACUUUCAGUGUUCGGAGAAAGAUAUGGAGAGCGACUUUCGGUGUUCGAAGAAAGAUAUGGAGAGCGACUUUCAGUGUUCGAAGAAAGAUAUGGAGAGCGACUUUCG